AUGGAGAAGUUCGAAGAAGAGGUGGAAGAGAAGUUGCAUCUCAAUCAUCCCGGGCAUCACCACGGCGGUGUGUCGACGCGGUUGACGAAGGAUCCGGAAGAGCCUGUGACGGAGGAGCUGGCGAACCCGGAUAUCAGAGCUCAUAGCUCGCAGACUUCGGAAGAGCUUGAGAAAGAGACAGCUGUGAAUUCGUACGUGCCUUCUGGACGAGUGUCUUCGGCAGACAGCAGGAACGACAGAGGUGUGAAUGUUGUCAAUGCAGAGAAGCAUUUCGCGGAACUGCAGAGGCAGCUCAGUCAAGUCUCGCAGGCUUCGCGCAAGCUAGCCAGACAGCAGAGCCAUGCGAAGAGUCAGAAGGGCGCACAGGAUGUCGAGAAGGCGGUUGGAUCAGACUCUAGCGAGGACUCGGAGCCGUUUAACCUCGAGGACACGCUGCGCGGGAACAAACAGCUUGAGGAUGAGGCAGGCAUCAAGUCGAAGCAGAUUGGUGUGGUGUGGGAGAACCUAACGGUGAAGGGUGUGGGAGGCACGAAGAUCAAUGUUCCUACGUUCCCGGAUGCGUUUACGAACUUCUUCCUUUUCCCGUUCCGACAGGCGAUGAGGUUGCUGCCGACGAACAAGAAGGGGAAGGAGGUUAGUAUCUUGCAGAACUUCAGAGGUGUGGUGAAGCCUGGGGAGAUGGUUCUGGUGUUGGGGAGGCCUGGAAGUGGAUGCACGACUUUCUUGAAGACGAUUGCGAAUCAGAGGUUCGGGUAUACCACGAUUGAUGGCGAAGUCACCUACGGUCCGUUCACGGCAGCGGAGUUCGAGAAACGCUAUCGUGGUGAGGCGGUGUAUUGUCAGGAGGAUGAUAUACACCAUCCUACCCUGACAGUAGAGCAAACACUAGGCUUCGCCCUCGAGACCAAAGUCCCCGGCACUCGACCCCAAGGCAUCAGUGCGGCCGAGUUUAAAGACAAGGUCGUGGACAUGCUGGUGCAGAUGUUCAAUAUCGAGCACACGAAAAAGACGAUUGUCGGAAACCCAUUCGUGCGCGGCAUUUCUGGCGGCGAGAGGAAGCGUGUGUCUUUGGCCGAGACCAUGAUCACGGGCGGUGCUGUGUACUCCUACGAUAACUCGACUCGUGGUCUGGACGCCUCCACAGCACUGGAUUAUGCGAAGUCUCUUAGGAUCAUCACUAACAUCUACCACACCACCACAUUCGUCUCGCUGUAUCAGGCCUCGGAGAACAUCUACGCUCAAUUCGAUAAAGUCAUGGUCAUCGACCAGGGCAGACAGGUGUUCCUGGGACCCACGAAGGAGGCGAGAAGUUACUUCGAAGGCUUGGGAUUCCUGCCGAAGCCUCGUCAAACGACUCCUGACUACCUUACCGGCUGCACUGAUCCGUUCGAGCGUGACUAUCAAGAUGGCUACGACGAGACCAACGCCCCGUCUUCGCCUGAGAGCUUCGUGGCCGCCUUUGACGAGUCCAAGUACAACACAUUGCUCACUGAGGAGAUCGCAGACUACCGAAAAGUCGUGGCAGAACAGCAGCACAUCCACGAGGACUUUACGACCGCGGUAUCGCAAGGCAAACGCCACACCAAAGCCAAGACCGUCUACUCUGUCCCCUUCCACAUCCAGACCUGGGCACUCAUGAAACGACAGUUCAUCCUCAAAUGGCAAGAUACCUUCUCUUUGGUGGUCGGCUGGGUCACCACCGUCGUCAUCGCCAUCGUCAUCGGCACAGUCUGGCUGCAACAACCGCGCACAUCUGCUGGAGCUUUCACGCGAGGCGGUGUGCUAUUCAUCAGCCUCCUCUUCAACUGCUUCCAAGCCUUCGGCGAACUGGCUGGUGUCAUGCUGGGCAGACCGAUCAUCAACAAGCACCGAGCGUACACUUUCCAUCGGCCUUCAGCACUCUGGACCGCACAGAUCGUCGUCGAUCUUUCUUUCCAAGCAGUGCAGAUUCUUGUGUUCAGUAUUCUGGUCUACUUCAUGUGCGGGCUGGUGUUGGACGCUGGGGCAUUUUUCACGUUCUAUCUGGUCAUUCUCACCGGGUACCUUGGGAUCACGCUCUUCUUCCGGACGAUUGGGUGUGUGUGUCCUGAUUUCGACUCGGCGAUCAAGCUGGCUGCGACUGUCAUCACGCUUUUUGUUCUGACGGGAGGAUAUCUGAUCCAGUGGUCUGACUCGCAAGUCUGGCUACGCUGGAUCUUCUACAUCAACGCUCUCGGUCUAGGGUUUGCUGCUAUGAUGGUCAAUGAGUUCAGUCGCAUCGACAUGACUUGUGAAGGCACAUCAUUAGUCCCGUCCGGUCCUGGCUACAACAACAUCGAGCAUCAAGUCUGUACUCUCCAAGGCAGCACCGCCGGAAGCCGCUUCGUGAGCGGUACGGACUAUGUCCAGCAAGCUUUCCAGUACAGUCCUGGCGACCUAUGGCGAAACUGGGGUAUCAUGGUUGUCCUCAUCUGCGCUUUCCUUGCUACGAACGCGUGGCUGGGAGAGUACAUCAAAUGGGGUGCAGCUGGACGCACCGUAACCUUCUUCGUAAAGAGCAACAAGGAGCGCGAUGAGUUGAAUGAGAAGUUGCAGUCAAACCGCGAUACCAGACGCCGAGAAGAUACGGCACAGCAAGGCUCGGAGCUGAAGAUAGAGUCAAAGGCAGUCCUGACUUGGGAGGAUAUCUGCUACGACGUGCCUGUCAAGUCUGGCCAGCUACGGCUGCUCAAGAACAUCUUUGGAUAUGUCAAGCCGGGAGAACUGACGGCUUUGAUGGGUGCGUCUGGUGCUGGCAAGACGACGCUGCUGGAUGUGCUUGCGCAGCGGAAGAACAUUGGUGUCAUUACUGGUGACGAGCUGGUGGACGGCAAGCCACUGUCUACCGACUUUCAGCGAGGCACGAGCUAUGCUGAGCAGCUCGACGUACUUGAAGGCACGCAGAGCGUAAGAGAAGCCUUACGCUUUUCGGCCGACCUGCGCCAACCCUACGAGAUCCCGCAAGAGGAAAAAUACGCCUACGUCGAAGAAGUGCUCUCCCUCCUCGAAAUGGAAGACAUCGCCGACGCCAUCAUAGGCGACCCCGAAGCCGGCCUCGCAGUCGAACAGCGCAAACGAGUAACUAUCGGCGUCGAGCUCGCAGCGAAACCCCAACUCCUCCUCUUCCUCGACGAGCCCACCUCAGGUCUAGACUCCCAAUCCGCCUUCAACAUCGUGCGCUUCCUGCGCAAGCUCGCCGCCGCCGGCCAAGCGAUCCUCUGCACCAUCCACCAACCCAACGCCUCCUUAUUCGAGAACUUCGACCGCCUGCUCCUGCUGCAAAAAGGAGGUGAGACGGUCUACUUCGGCGAUAUCGGCAAAGACGCCCACGUCCUACGCAAAUACUUCUCCAAACACGGCGCCGAGUGCCCGCCCGAUGCCAACCCAGCGGAAUGGAUGCUCGAUGCGAUAGGUGCUGGCCAACAGGCCCGUAUCGGCGACAAGGACUGGGGGGAGAUCUGGUCCGACUCCGACGAGCUCGCGGAGACGAAAGAAGUCAUCCUGCGCAUCAAAGACUCCCGCACGAAGGAACUCGCCGGCCAACCCACCGUGGAGCAGAAAGAGUAUGCGACGCCCCUCUGGCACCAGAUCAAAGUCGUGACGAAGCGGCAGCUGAAGGCUUUCUACCGGAGUCCGAACUACGGCUUCACGCGGCUGUUCAACCAUGUGAUUAUCGCGCUGUUGACGGGGUUGAUGUUCUUGCAGCUGGACGAUUCGCGGACCAGUCUGCAGUACAGGGUGUUUAUUAUGUUUCAGGUUACGGUGUUGCCGGCGUUGAUUCUGGCGCAGGUGGAGCCGAAGUAUGAUCUGUCGAGGUUGAUCUUCUAUCGCGAGAGUGCCUCGAAGACGUAUCAGCAAUUUCCAUUCGCGCUGUCGAUGGUGGUGGCGGAGAUGCCGUAUAGCAUUCUCUGUGCGGUUGGGUUCUUCCUCCCGAUCUACUACAUCCCCGGCCUCAACCCAGCCUCCUCCCGCGCAGGCCUCAACUUCUUCUACGUCCUGAUCACGGAACUGUUCUCCGUCACCCUCGCCCAAGCGAUCUCAGCCUGGACACCAAGCACCUUCAUCGCCGUCCUGCUCAACCCUUUCAUCAUCGUCAUCUUCGCCCUCUUCUGCGGCGUCGCGGUCCCCAAACCACAGAUCCCCGGCUUCUGGCGCUCCUGGCUCUACCAGCUCGUCCCCUUCACCCGCCUCAUCUCCGGCCUCGUAGCAACCGAACUCCACGACCUCCCCGUCACCUGCACCCCGGGCGAACUGAACCGCUUCACCGCGCCUCCCGGCCAGAGCUGCGGCGAGUACAUGUCCGCAUUCUUCGCCUCCGGCGGGCCGGGGUAUCUGGUCAGUAACCAGACUCAGGAUUGCUCGUACUGCGCUUUCGCAGUCGGGGAUCAGUUUUACGAGCAGUUUGGGAUUAGUUGGGAGACGCGGUGGCGCGACUUUGGGAUUCUGACGGCGUAUAUUGGGAGUAAUUUGAUUUUGCUGUUUGUGGGGAGUCGGUAUAUGAAUUUUAAUAGGCGAUAG